CUUGUUCAGUCUUUGUCCAAUAGCCUGUGAGCUUGUAAGAUUACGACAGAGAGCAACAAGACGUUUCCAAAAUGGGGCUUGAAAGUACUAUGGUCUGUGUGGACAACAGUGAAUAUAUGAGAAAUGGAGACUUUCUACCAACGAGACUACAGGCUCAACAAGAUGCUGUUAACAUUGUUUGCCACUCCAAAACACGGAGCAACCCAGAAAAUAAUGUGGGCCUCAUCACCAUGGCAAAUAACUGUGAGGUACUGACCACACUGACACCAGAUUCUGGCCGCAUCCUGUCCAAACUCCACGCUGUCCAGCCCAAAGGAAAGAUCUGCUUCUGCACAGGCAUCAGAGUGGCUCAUCUGGCCCUAAAACACAGACAAGGAAAAAACCACAAGAUGAGGAUCAUUGCCUUUGUUGGGAGUCCUGUGGAGGAUAAUGAGAAAGAUCUUGUCAAGAUGGCCAAGCGCUUAAAAAAAGAGAAAGUGAAUGUGGAUAUUAUCAACUUUGGAGAAGAGGAGGUGAACACAGAGAAGCUGACUGCUUUUAUAAAUACUUUAAAUGGGAAGGAGGGGACAGGCUCCCAUCUGGUCACAGUCCCUCCAGGGCCCAGUCUGGCUGAUGCGCUCCUCUCUUCUCCCAUCCUGGCCGGGGAAGGAGGUUCUAUGAUGGGUCUUGGUGCCAGUGACUUUGAGUUUGGUGUGGAUCCCAGUGCUGAUCCAGAGCUAGCCCUGGCCCUGCGUGUAUCCAUGGAGGAGCAGCGACAGAGGCAGGAGGAAGAGGCCCGCAGAGCUGCUGCUGCUUCUGCAGCUGAGGCAGGCGUGCCCACACCUAGUGCAGACGAAUCUGAAGAAGCCUUACUGAAGAUGUCAGUAUCUCAGCCCGAAAGCGGUGCAGCAGCGCUUCCUGACUUCAGCAGCAUGACAGAGGAGGAGCAGAUAGCCUAUGCCAUGCAGAUGUCUCUUGCCGGAGGAGAGUAUGGAGAAAUGGACACAGGAGCUCCCAUGGACACCGCAGAAUCAGCCAAGGAAGAAGAUGACUAUGAUGUGAUGCAAGACCCAGAGUUCCUUCAGAGCGUCUUGGAGAACCUGCCUGGUGUCGACCCAAACAACGAGGCUAUCCGCAAUGCCAUGGGCUCCCUGGCCUCCCAGACAGGAAACAAGCCAGAUGGCAAAAAGGAUGAAGAGAAGAAGAAAUGAGGAACAAAGAGACUUCGAACAUCGACUAGAAAAACCCAAACAAUUGCAUACUAAUGCAGGAUUACUUUAUAUACAAGAAGAACCUUCUGUACUGAAUGCCUAUUUAGUGUAAAAUCUCACUGAGCAGUUAAAUCAGUUGAUAUAAUCUUAAUAUAAUCUGGAUUUACUCAAAUUAUCUUGCGCUCUUUAGCCUGCAUUUUCUCUACAUGACGUAAUUGCUGACAGUUGAUCAGAAGAGAAGAAUUUGUGAUGACAGGCUCUUAAACUAAACAGUUAACCACACUCCUGUCAUGUGUUUGUGUUUUUGCAAUAAAAACUGCGUGUAAAUA